CGUAUAACCACGCGUGCUUGUGAUAUCUGCUUUGUUGCUGCCUUGCUGCCUGCAACAAAGUGAACGCGGAGGUUUUGUUCUGGUGCGAUUAGCACGAUAGUUCUGAACGUGCAAGUCUCUCGUGUGUUAUUGUGUGUGCGUGUUGUGUGCUUGAGGGGCGUGUGUGGUCUUCGUUGUGAAAAUAUGUCCAAGCGAGGAAAGAAAACCGAAGUUGCCGUCGAUGGAGAGAACGAAGCAGCACCCCCUGAGGCCAAGAAGGGAAAGAAAGGGAAGGAGCCUGAAGCCCCAAUUCUGUAUGAAGACCCCCCAGACAAACUGACCAGUAAGGAUGGCACUGCUGCCAACAUGAAGAUCACAUCCUGGAAUGUGGAUGGCCUUCGAGCAUGGGUUAAGAAAAAGGGUCUGGAUUGGGUACGUGAGGAGUCCCCAGAUGUGAUUUGCCUGCAGGAGACCAAAUGUGCUGAGAAGGCCUUGCCUGCAGAGAUUACCUCCAUGCCUGAGUUUCCCCACAAGUACUGGGCGGGCUCAGAGGAGAAGGAAGGCUACAGUGGAGUAGCCAUGCUUUGCAAAACAGAGCCCCUCGAUGUUACUUACGGCAUUGGAAAGGAGGAACAUGAUAAGGAGGGCCGUGUCAUCACUGCCGAGUUCCCCGACUUCUUCUUGGUAACGGCCUACGUGCCCAAUGCCAGCCGCGGACUGGUGAGGCUCGACUACCGCAAGACCUGGGACGUGGACUUCAGAGCCUACCUCAGCGACCUGGACAAGCGCAAGCCUCUGGUCCUGUGCGGCGACCUGAACGUGGCCCACCAGGAGAUCGACUUGAAGAACCCCAAGGGUAACCGCAAAAACGCCGGCUUCACCCAAGAGGAGCGUGACGGCUUCACCCAGCUCCUGGAGGCCGGCUUUGUGGACAGCUUCCGCGAGCUGUACCCCGACCAAGGCUACGCCUACACCUUCUGGACCUACAUGAUGAAUUCACGAUCCAAAAACGUCGGCUGGCGACUGGACUACUUUGUUCUGUCCAAGGCCUUACUGCCUAAGCUGUGCGACAGCAAGAUCCGCAACACUGCCAUGGGCAGUGACCACUGCCCCAUAACCCUGCACUUGGCUUUGUAAAGCCAUGUGGUAACUAAACUCAGUGGUAGAAAAGUUGGUCAGUAGAUUAGAAAGUGUCAGGUGAGUUGUCAGAAAAGUAAUGUUUCCACAGUUUCCUAUAGCCACUUCAUCCAAAAGGCUUCUAAUUCUGGUGAUUCUGAUGAGUGACAUACGUUCAGAAUUGCACAUGGUUUGUACGUUUUAAGUUUAAAUGUACUGUAACCACACAAUUUGAUAAUGGCAUUUUAGCUUGGCAGUCAAACCCUGUGCUGUAUUCUUGGUGCUAUGAUUUUUUUUCCCCCCCCGAGAGUUAUGAUUUGAUAAAACUGCUGUCUAUACUUUGUCGGAUGUUUAAAACUGUAAAAACACAUACUAAUAUGUACCCUGUUUCAUAAACCAAAUUGUCAUGGUUUAGACUAAAACUGUUAUUCAUGACUUCAAUGUACUAAGUCUAAGACAAGUCUCUCUUUUUAUUUUUUUCCAAAGAGCUAUCUUGUAACCAUGCUCCCUAAUAAAUGUUAAUUUUUAAAA